GGUUUUCCUUCAACCCUGCUACACUUUCUCUAUCGCAACUUCGCAAGCCGUAGGUUUCAGACAGAGACUGUGCGAGCUCGCAAUGGCGGCAAAAGCAAGAAACCCCAGGAAGACCCGAAACCCAGAUCUGGUUCGUGGGGUGGGUAAGUUCUCGAGGUCCAAGAUGUACCACAAGCGUGGUCUUUGGGCCAUCAAGGCCAAAAACGGCGGCGUUUUCCCACGCCAUGAUGCGAAGCCAGCGGCUGUGACCCAACCCCAGAAGCCGCCCAAGUUCUAUCCUGCCGAUGACGUCAAGAAGCCGCUUGUCAACAAGCGCAAGGCUAAGCCCACCAAGCUCAGGGCUAGUAUUACACCAGGGACUGUGUUGAUUAUAUUGGCUGGAAGGUUUAAGGGCAAGAGAGUUGUUUUUCUUAAGCAGCUCCCAUCUGGGUUGCUUCUUGUUACUGGGCCCUUCAAAAUUAAUGGUGUUCCUUUGAGACGUGUGAAUCAGGCCUAUGUGAUUGGCACUUCCACCAAGGUUGACAUUUCUGGGGUGAAUGUAGAAAAGUUUGAUGACAAAUAUUUUGCAAAGGAAGUUGAAAAGAAGAAGAAGAAGGGGGAGGGAGAAUUUUUUGAGGCAGAGAAAGAGGAAAAGAAUGUGAUCCCGCAAGGAAAGAAGGAUGAUCAGAAGAGUGUUGAUGCUUCAUUGAUAAAGUCCAUUGAGGCUGUCCCAGACUUGAAGGCAUACUUGGCGGCGAGAUUCUCUCUUAAGUCAGGCAUGAAGCCUCAUGAGCUCGUGUUUUAGACCAUUAUCGCAGAUUAUCAGUGACUGUAUUUUCAUUUUACCAGAAUAUCCAAAAUUUUGUGUUGAUUGGUUUUACUUGCAUUUGGCCAUUUUGAUUUAUGGUAAGACUUUCGUGGUUCAGUUGAUAUAAUCAUAAACAGAUCUUGGCCUUUGUCAAUGUUUGUGGUCAUUUCCCA